AUGUGCAAACACAUCCUCAACGCCCAAGUCUCAAUCCGCUCGCCCUGCUGCAAAAAGUGGUUCGACUGCGCCGAAUGUCACGCCGAAACAGAAGCUCAUCCUCUACAGCAGACUAUGGAAAUGACAUUCAUAUGCAAACGCUGCCGCAAAGCCUUCCGCAAAAACAUGGAAACCUUCGAAGAAGCCGACGAAUACUGCCCGAACUGCGACAACCACUUUGUCCUGGAGGCCAAGACACCCCAAGCAGCACUGAAAGUCGAGAGCGAGGACACGCGGAUGGAUGCACGGAUGUUGAAGGACGAGCGGACACGGCGGUUGCAGGAUGAAUUGAAGAUGGAGGGGGAUGUUUGGGAGGAUGUUGGUGGGGAGGCAAGGCUGGGUUGA